AUGCAGCAGUGCCUCAAGCCGCCACCCCCUGUUGCACCUCUGCCUUCCUUAGAGCCACUGUUUCCUCUGAGACCUCCGUUGCACUUGGUUCACUGGAAUUCUGCAAAAUACCAGAACUAUAAAGAUGCUGUGCUAGGAGAGAAUGGUCUGGCCGUGAUUGCUGUGUUUCUGAAGCUGGGGGCGCCACACCAGGCUCUGCAGAAGUUGGUGGAUGUCCUACCAGAAAUAAAGUAUAAGGAUGCCAGGGCACCUGUGGGCUCCUUCCAGCCCUCCUGGCUGCUGCCCACAUGCCCACACUACUGGACCUACCCUGGCUCCCUGACCACACCACCCCUCACUGAGUCAGUCACCUGGAUCAUCCACAAGGAGCCUGUGGAGGUAGCUGUGACCCAGCUGGCUGCAUUCCGCUUGCUCCUGUUCUCUGCCCUGGGUGAAGAAGACAGGACCAUGGUCAACAACUUCCGUCCCCUUCAGCCCCUGAUGAACCGGAAGGUCCUGUCAUCCUUCCCAACCACAGAAGAGGGCAUGAGGUCCUAAAUGCACCAUGUCCCCUAGAAGGGGUCAAACCGACUUUAAAGAUAGAAAGGACUAUUUGCUGAAUGUUGGGGGUCUGAUCAUUUGUAUUCCUUAGAACUGAGAAAGAAAAAAAAGAUCCCUGUCUUGGUAAAUGAACUUUUUAGUUGCUAUUAAAAAGAAGCCACAUCAAA